GUUAAAGACGCACUUUAGUGACUGAAAGCGAAACAGACAGUCUGAGGAGAACAACCACGAAAACAGAUCAGGAUGGCUACAGUGGGAGUGAAUGUGAUCGAGACAGCGGCUCUAGGGAGACCCUUCCAGCUGGGGAUGCUGUAUGACUGCAGGAGAGAUGCUCUAAUACCAGGAAUCACACUGUGGGAUCAAGAAAAGCUACAGCAGAGUCUACGAGUCCGUCCCCAAAUUAACACAAAUUUCAAAGUCACGGCUUCAGACUCCAUUAAGGACAAAUCAGCCUUACUGGACAUUGACGACUCUCUGAAACUGAGUGUUUUAGGGGGACUCGUCAAUGUCACAGGAGCAGCCAAAUAUCUCAAGGACACCAAGAAGUCCUUCAAACAGCAGAGACUGACGCUACAUUAUCAUUCAUCCAGCAGGAUUGAAGAGCUGAGCAUGAACCACUUGGCACCUGAAAAUAUAGUUCAUCAUGAGGUGUUUGAUAAUGACGCAGCGACACACGUGGUGACAGCAGUGCUGUAUGGAGCAGACGCCUGCUUUGUGUUUGAUAGAGAAGUUUCUUCAGAUGAGGAAAUGAAGACAGUAGAAGGAGAAGCAAAAGUGGCCUUUGAGAAGCUCAAAUUAAUCUCAGUAGACCUAAACAGCAAUCUGAAGAUGAAUGACGCUCAGAAGAACGCAGUCCAAAAAUUCUCAUGCAUGUUUUAUGGCGACUUCCAGUUACCGUCUAACCCGACCUCUUUUGAAGAUGCGUUGAAGGUUUUUGCUGAUCUUCCAAACCUGCUGGGAGGAAAGAAAGAGCUGGCGGUUCCUCUGAGAGUUUGGCUUUUCCCUCUGGACAAACUUCUCUCAAAAGCUUCCAAACUUCAGAAGGACAUCAGCAUGGAUCUAAUCAUUAAAACUGAAUCAGUGAUUGAGAGUUUGAAUACAACUGAGAUGAAAUGCAAUGAUCUUCUUGAAGACUCAUCUGCUUCGAUUUCUGAUGAAUUCAAUGAUAAAAUCCUGCAAAUGAAGCAAAACUGCGACAUGUACAAACUGAGACUCAUGAAGAAACUCGGCUCUCUGCUGCCGAAAAUCCGUGGAGACGUGAAGAAGGAAACUGACCUGAAUGAUCUUCUACAAGAACAUGAUAAAUCUCCAUUCAGAGGACGAGACCUGGCAGAAUGGCUGAAAGAGAGAGAAAGAGAGUCUAAUAUCACUAAAUCAGUCCUCAGACAGCUGAAGAAUGCCGGUGCACAGGUAGAAGACAACAUAGAUCUGAUUUCGAUGGAUCUGGAGGUUGAAAAUCUGGUCUGCUACACGUUCACAUCAUUGGACUGGUCAGAUGUUCUGCUUAAUAAACAAACCAUCCAUCUGAAUCCUUCAACAAAUGUAGAAACAGAUGAGAACAGCCCAGAUCCAGAGCAGAAGUCUUGGCUCACUCUUGAUAUCCAAAAGACCAUUAGGAGCAACUUGAAGCUAUUUAAGAAAUUGAUCGAUUCAAAAGAGCGUAAACCAGCCAAGUUCAUUGUGUCCUCAAAGGAAAUGAAGAACGAUCCAGGUUCCUGCAUUCUGCUGUAUGAAAGUGAAUGUGAUGAAGCCGUUUGCUUUAUUCCUCCAUCCAAACCAGCCUGUCCAAUCACUGAAGAGGUCAAAGAUGAUAGUGUGGUCCUGAAGGUUCCUAUAUCAUGUCUUGAAACAGUGGCGCUCAGAAUACUGUAUAAACGUAAGCAGGAUUCAUUCUGGUCAUCUAAACCUGUGCCGGAGGAUGAAAUCACAGUUACUCUGACUGGUCUAGGAGCAGCUGUAUAUGAGAUCAGAUGUGCAGCGCUGGGGAAACUCGACUACACCGUAUACAGUGACGUCACUGAAGUUGCCAUAGAGGGAAAGGGCGGUUUGAUUUCUGAGACUGACUUUAAAGGAGAGGGUCACUCGAUCCCUAUCACUGCCUCCGAGGGUCGUUGGUCUCCAGGACCUCAUCAAUCUCCUCAGUUAUCAGAGACGUUCAAACUGAGACUGAUGGAGGAGUUUCGGUAUCUGAAUGAAGAAAUAUCACCCGGUCGAAGACAACUACUGAAUGAUGUCUUCAUUGAGCGGCACAUCACAGAGGAACCAGAUACUUACAUAAAUAAUAAUAAAGAAAUCAUAAGCAUUUUCCAAAGACAGAAAAUCAGGACCGUUUUGAUGAAGGGCGAAGCUGGCAUUGGCAAAACUGUGGCUGUGCAGAAGUUCAUCCUGGACUGGGCUGAAGAGAAAUUAAACCAUGACAUCGAAUAUAUAUUUCCAAUCCCUUUCCAGAAGCUGAACAUCAUCAGAGAGACAGGGAAGGAGGUCAGCUUCAUGGAGCUUCUGCAGCGAUGCUGUGAAAACACCGGACAUCUGAAUCCUGAGUCUAGGGUCAUGCUGAUCUUUGAUGGACUGAACGAGUUUAAACUUCCUCUGGAUUUCCAAACCACUAAGAAGAUUAAAGAUCCAAUCAUGAAAGCCUCAGUCUCUGAUCUACUGACAAACCUCAUCCAGGGAAAUCUGCUUCCAAACGCUCAUAUCUGGAUCACCAGCAGACCGGCAGCAGCCAAUCAGAUUCCUGCACGGUUUAUUGAUCGUGUGACAGAGAUCCAGGGCUUUAAUGAUCAACAGAAGGAGGAGUAUUUCAGAAAGAGCAUUAGUGACCAGAGUAUGGCCAAUAAAGUCAUCAGUCACAUCCAGAAAUCUCCACACAUCAACAGCAUGUGUUAUUUACCAGAUUACUGCAGAAUCAUCGCAGCGAUGCCAGAGGAAAUGUUCAGAACAGACGAGACGGGUUCAGAGACUCUCACUCAGAUGUACAGCAAACUCCUGUUAGCUCAGACUGAACUGAAUCCAGAGAGAAGAGACACCAUCAUCGCUCUGGGGAAUAUAGCGUUUGACCUGCUGGUAAAGGCCAACUCUCUCUUCAGUGGUGAAGAUUUGAAGAAAUGUGGAAUUGGAGAUAAAAGUUUUCUGACUAACAUAUUGAUCAUAAAAGAACACAAAAGCAAGCGUCAGUCAUCGUCCUUCUGUUUCGUGAAUCACCGGACGCAGGAGUUUCUGGCAGCUGUGUAUGCGACUGAUGUCAUUAAUGGAGGAAACCCACUCCGGCUCAGAGAUCUCUCCAGUCUGAAACUUGAGCUCGGAGAGAAGAGCUUCACAGACUACGAUUCACUCCAGAACGUGAUGAACAUCGCUUUACAGAAACAGAUGGAGCUCUUCUUCUGCUUCUUACUGGGUUUCAGACUGGAGUCCACUCAGAUGAAAGAGCUCCUGACACAGAGAAGCAGCAACUCUUCAUCCAGUCAAGAAAUAAUUCAACACAUCAAAACUAUGAUGAUGAAGUCCUCUUCAGAAACGGCAGUGGACAGCAGUCUCCUGUUGGACUGUUUGAAAGAGCUGGAUGACCGUUAUCUAAUCCAGGAGAUGAAGACACAGCUGAAAUCUGGACUCGGACUCUCUCCUGAUGAGUUCUCAGCUCUGAUGACUGUGAUUAUAUCACAUCCAUCAGAAGAACUGAAGCCUCGACCAGUGCUCAAAACAUCUGGAGAACAUGAGUUGAGAUCUUGUGAUAUCAGUGAUGGAGGUUGUGCUGUUCUGAGAUCAGCUUUGAGAUCAAACCUGUCUAAUCUGAGAGAGCUGGAUCUGAGUGAGAACAUCCUUACAGAAUCAGAAGUGAAACUGCUUUCAGAUCUACUGAAACAUCCUCAGUGUAAACUGGAGAAACUGGGGUUGAGAUCUUGUCGUAUCAGUGAUGGAGGUUGUGUUGUUCUGAGUUCAGCUCUGAGAUCAAACCCGUCUCAUCUGAGAGAACUGGACCUGAGUGGGAACAUCCUUACAGAAUCAGGAGUGAUGCAGAUUUCAGAUCUACUUGAACAUCCUCAGUGUAAACUGGAGAAACUGGGGUUGAGAUCUUGUCAUAACAGUGACAGAGGUUAUAUUGUUCUGAGUUCAGCUUUGAGAUCAAACCCGUCUCUGAGAGAGCUGGACCUGAGUGAGAAUUACUUUAUAGAUUCAGGAGUGAAGCAGCUUUCAGCUGUACUGGUGGAUCCUCAGUGUAAACUGGAGAAACUGGGGUUGAGAUCUUGUUAUAUCAGUGAUGAAGGUUGUGCUGAUCUGAGUUCAGCUCUGAUAUCAAACCCGUCUCUUCUGAGAGAGCUGGACCUGAGUGGGAAUGACAUCACAGAUUCAGAACUAAAGAUGAUUUCACCUCUACUGAAACAUCCUCAGUGUAAACUGGAGAAACUGGGGUUGAGAUCUUGUCGUAUCAGUGAUGGAGGUUGUGCUGUUCUGAGUUCAGCUCUGAGAUCAAACCCGUCUCUGAGAGAGCUGGACCUGAGUGAGAAUGACUUUAGAGAUUCAGGAGUGAAGCAGCUUUCAUAUCUACUGGCAGAUCCUCAGUGUAAACUGGAGAAACUGGAGUUGAGAUCUUGUCGUAUCAGUUAUGAAGGUUGUGCUGUUCUGAGUUCAGCUCUGAGAUCAAACCCGUCUCUGAGAGAGCUCGACCUGAGUGGGAAUGACUUUAGAGAUCCAGGAGUGAAGCAGCUUUCAGCUCUACUGGCAUAUCAUCAGUGUAAACUGGAGAAACUGGGGUUGAGAUCUUGUCGUAUCAGUGAUGAAGGUUUUACUGAUCUGAGUUCAGCUCUGAGAUCAAACCCAUCUCUGAGAGAGCUGGACCUGAGUGAGAAUAACAUUACAGAUUCAGGAAUAAAACAGCUUUCAGAUCUACUGAAACAUCCUCAGUGUAAACUGGAGAAACUGGAGAUGAGAUCUUGUUAUGUCAGUAACCGAGGUUGUGCUGAUCUGAGUUCAGCUCUGAGAUCAAACCCGUCUCAUCUGAGGGAGCUGGACCUGAGAGGGAAUGUCAUUACAGAUUUAGGAAUAAAGCAGCUUUCAGCUCUACUGGAAGAUCCUCGGUGUAAACUGGAGAAACUGGGACACUAACAGGUUGAGAUCUUGUCAUCAGUGAUGGAGGUUGUGCUGAUCAAACCCGUCUCAUCUGAGAGAGCUGGACCUGAGUGAGAAUGACUUUAGAGAUUCAGGAGUGAAGCAGCUUUCAGCUCUACUCAAGGAUCCUCAGUGUAAACUGGAGAAG